AUGCUACACCGCGCUCGAUGGAUGCGCGGGUCUCGCUUGUUCCAGCACAAGGCGCUGAGUAUACGGGGUUUCCACCACUCUCUAUACGCUAUGGCACGUAUUCUAUGUAGUGAUCCCAUUGAUCUCAUAUGUCCUGAACUGCUGCGCGCUGCUGGCCACGACGUCACGUGUAACUCCGUCGGACUUUCACACGCUGAAUUAGUGGCACACGUGCCUGAUUAUGACGUAUUAAUCAUGAGAUCUGGAUCAAAAGUGGACCGUCAAGUGCUGGAUGCUGCAAACAAGUUACAGCUUAUUGGUCGCGCUGGCACGGGCAUUGACAAUAUUGAUAUGGUGAACGCCACGAAGCAGGGCGUCCUGGUCAUGAACGCGCCCUUUGGCAACACCAUUUCAGUUGCAGAACUCACAGUAGGUCUUGUAUCCACUGUCUCUCGUCUCAGUCAGACUGCGAGCACGGAACCACUUGUGCGCAACUCAGAAAUCCAUGGCAAGACGCUUGGUAUCGUCGGUCUCGGUCGCAUUGGACGAGAAGUGGCUUUACGCUGCAAUGCCUUUGGCAUGAACGUCAUUGGCUAUGACCCUAUUCUGUCUAAAGCAAGUGCCAAGAUGCAUGACAUUGAGCCCGUGUCAUUGAACGAACUUUUUUCCCGCAGUGAUUACAUCACUCUCCAUGUACCGCUUAACGCCAAUACCAAGCAUUUGGUCAACGCGAAACGUCUAGCGCUGUGCAAAGAUGGUGUCAAGCUGGUAAAUGGAGCUCGGGCGGGUCUGAUUGACCACCCAGCGCUGCUGGAAGCUAUCGAGAGCGGCAAGGUUGCAGGUAUGGCCUUUGAUAUCAACACGCCGUCGCCUGCGUCGGAGACUUGGAAGAAACUCAUGAGUCACGAGAAUGUGAUUGUGACACCGCACAUUGGUGCGCUGACUACCGAUGCACAAAAGAAAGUAGCGCGUGAUUUGGCUUACAAGGUAAACGACGCGCUAGCAGGCAAGUCUUUUAAGGGUGUGCUUAACGCGCCUAACAUUGAUUUUGGUAAGCGCGAGGAGUUCAUGCCUUUACUGUCACUUGCCGAAAAGCUUGGCAGCAUGCAGGCGCAGCUGCUGGACGACAGUCGUCUCAAGCGCGUACUUGUCAUUGCGGAGGGACCCAAGGUCACAUCGUCUGAGCUCUCGGGACAGCUGGUAAAGGGUGUGAUGAAGGGAUUGCUAUCGCACAUGCUGGAGGAGGAGGUGACGUUUGCAAACGCGAAACAACUAGCUGACGUCAUGGGCAUCCAAACUGUGGAGCACAAGCACGACGAAGCCUCUGGCAGCAGCUUCUCGGACCAACUUACUGUUAUCUUUGAGAAGGAGGACGGUACGUCGAAGAAGAUCACGGGCACGGUGUUUGGCAAGGACCAGCUGCGUUUUGUGUCUUUCGACGAUCUUCCCAUGGAUGCCAUUCCGAGUGGCUCGAUGCUGUUGUUUAACAAUACGGAUCAGCCUGGUGUGCUGCACAAGGUGACGUCGGUGCUAGCAAAGCACAAGAUUAAUAUUGGCUGCUUUGGUCUGGCACGUGAAAAACUUGGCACCGCUGCUGUUGGCGUGCUUAAUGUCGACGAGGCUAUUCCAGACGCAGUUGUGGAGGAGCUUCAAGAACUAGGCAUGCUCACCAACCUUCGCCGCGUGAACCUGCUCGAGCUGGACACGGCUGUCUCUGGUGGUAUAUGGGAGAAGUUCCUCAAACCGAGCACGAACUCUGUUGUGAACGAAAUAGAUAUCGUGGAGACAGAGGCUGAACUGGAGAUCAUGCGUCAUCGUAAACCACGCAUAAAGCCGGCAUCGCCAAAUUUUGGCUCGGGACCUUGCAAGAAGCGCCCGGGAUAUUUUCUUGCUUCUAUUCCUGACAUUGUUCUGGGCCGUAGCCAUCGUUCUAAGUUGGGCAAGGGUUUGCUUGAGGAAGCCAUUGUGCGCUCAAAGAAGAUUCUGAAGCUCCCGGAGGACUACCAUCUUGGAAUCGUGCCAGCCUCGGACACUGGUGCAUUUGAGAUGGCCAUGUGGUGUAUGCUGGGGGAGCGUCCUGUGGAUGUAUGCUACUGGGAAUCAUUCGGCAAGCAGUGGUUUAAGGAUGUUACUACCGAGCUCAAGCUUGAAAAUGUCCGAGAGUUUGGCGCGCCGUUCGGCCAGAUUUCAGACUUUUCUCAAGUGAAUUGUGACCACGACGUGUUGUUCACGUGGAAUGGUACUACUAGUGGUGUCCGUGUUCCCAAUGCUGACUGGAUUCCGGACGACCGCAAGGGUCUGAUCUUUAAUGAUGCUACGUCGGCUGCGUUUGCCAUGGAUAUUCCAUGGAACAAGAUUGAUGUGUGUACGUUCAGUUGGCAGAAGGUGCUUGGCGGUGAAGGUGGUCACGGCGUUAUAAUUUUGAGUCCACGCGCUGUGGUGCGUUUGGAGUCGUUUGUGCCGGAGAACCGCCCAAUUCCUAAGAUCUUUCGCAUGACUGAUGCGAGCACAGGCAAACUCCUAAAGAACAUUUUCGAGGGUAGCACCAUCAACACGCCGUCGAUGCUGUGUGUCGAAGAUUAUCUUGACGCUCUGCGUUGGGCUGAGAGCGUGGGUGGCCAGGAUGGACUGAUUGCGAUUUCGCAGCGCAACUUGAAGGUGCUCGAAGUCUUUGCAACCGAGAACUCGAGGUGGUUCAAGUUUCUCGCGGCCAACAAGGAGAUCCGCUCCAGCACGUCCGUUUGCCUGCUGAUUGAUGGUAUGUCAAAGGAAGAAGUGAAGGAGAUGCAGGUGCUGCUGGAGCGAGAACAAGUCGCAUACGACGUAGGCUCCUACCGCGAUGCUCCACCUGGACUGCGUAUCUGGUGUGGUGCCACGGUAGAGACCAAGGAUUUGGAGGCUCUGCUACCGUGGAUCAGAUGGGCGUACAUUGAAGUGAAAAGUGCUCGGGAUGCCAAGACGGAGUAUAUAGAUAGAUGA